AUGAGCAAAAGACGUCGUGCAUCAUCAGGGGCUUCGCGUGGAGCUGAUUUAGACGAUAGUGACGAUGGUAUUGAGUUAAGCAAUCCUGGGCCUCCACCAUCGGCUCGGAAACGGAAGAAGUUAGACCCCGGUGAAAUCUGCCAGCAAUUAUAUGACACAAUUCGAUCAUACAAAAAAGAAGAUGGCACAUUGCUCUGUGACUCAUUCAUCAGAGCUCCGAAGAGGCGUCAGGAGCCGCAGUAUUAUGAAGUUGUAUCCCAACCUAUUGACUUGUUGAGAGUUCAACAAAAACUGAAAACCGAUACUUAUGAGGACAUUGAGGAGUUGUCUGCGGAUAUUGAACUGCUGGUGAACAAUGCGAAGGCAUUCUACAAGCCUGACACAGUGGAGUACAGGGAUGCGGUAGACCUCUGGAAACUGUACAUGCAGACUAAACAGGCUUUAGAGAAUGGUGAAGAUAUCAAGAUACCCAAACUGUCUCGAAACGGCUCAUCCAGUCGAAGAUCUGAUGUGGCCGAGGAUCUUUCUGAAACUUCUACCAAUAACGAAGAGGAUAACGUCUUUGAGGAACUGUUUAAUGCUGUGAUGACAGCAAACAGUGAUGGCCGGCAUCUUUACUCAGCAUUCCAGUUUCUACCAUCCAAGCGUCGCUACCCAGAGUAUUAUAGUAUUAUAGACUCUCCCAUAGACCUGAAAACCAUCGCCCAGAAGAUUCAGUGUGGAGAAUAUACCAACCUGACAGAGCUGGAGAAGGAUUUACUACUGAUGGUUAGAAAUGCCUGUCAUUUCAAUGAACCUGGCAGUCAGAUCUAUAAGGAUGCUAAGACUUUGAAGAAGGUGAUUCAAAUGCGCAAACAAGAGAUAGACCAGCAUGGCCGCAGUGGACCGGCGAAGACUUCCGAGCGUAUCCGAAGUAAGAGGACUUCUAGAGUUGGACCUGUGCCCAAUAGUAAGGCGCUUGCCAUCAUGGAACCACCCGGGUCAGACACAGAGCCUGAUGUAAAGCAUUCAGAAGACAGCGCCGGCGAAAGUGACGAAGAGAAAAAUGAAAACGAAGACUCGCCACAAUGGAAACUUCUGGAAACUAUCAAGAACCAUUUGGGUCCAAACGAGGCUUUCUGGAAGCUUCCAUCUCGUCGGGCGUACCCUGACUACUACAAGGAGAUCAAGAAUCCAGUGUCAUUGAACCAAAUAAAAAAUAAGAUCAGACGGGGCAACUACGGGACGUUGUCUGAAGUGGCUGGUGAUAUGAACAUCAUGUUUGAGAACGCGAAACAGUACAACAUACCUACUUCAAGACUGUACAAGGACGCUGUGAAACUGCAAAGAAUAAUGCAACAGCGCGUCCAAGAGUUGCUGGACAUCGUGCAGAGUUCUUCAAGCGACGACGAGAGUCUCUCGUCCGUGAAGAACCAAGCCCAACAAACGCCCAGACCAAGAGGCCGUCCACGUUUGAACCCCGUGCAAGGGGCGUCGGCUCCUUCUCCUAUCAGCACCCCGGUCAAAUCCAACCUGCCUUUGAAGAAGAAACUCCAUUACGUAUCGAAACAACUUGUAGAAUUCACCUGUUCCGAUGGAAGACAACCCAUGUUGUUGUUCAUGGAGAAACCAAGCAAGAAACUAUAUCCGGAGUACUAUAAUGUGAUUGAAAAACCCAUUGAUAUGAUCACUAUUGAAGCAAAUAUUAAGAACGACCGCUACAACACAAUAGACGAGAUGGUAUCAGAUUUCCGUCUAAUGUUCUCAAACUGCCGUCAGUUCAACGAAGAAGGUUCAAUGAUAUAUGAAGACGCCAAUCUUCUGGAACGUGUGAUGAACGAGAAACUCAAAGAAGUAUACAAUAAUACCAGCUUUGAGAAGAAAACUCCUCUAAAAACUGUAAAGGUGCCUAAACACAGGCAACUAUCGCCUUUUGAACAGAAACUGAGGACGUUGUAUGAUGCUAUCAGGGAUUAUAGAGACCCUAAAGCUAACCGCCAACUAGCACUUAUCUUCAUGAAGCUACCAAGUAAAAUAGAGUACCCAGAUUACUACGAGCUAAUCAAAAACCCGAUAGAUAUGGAGAAGAUAGCUCACAAACUGAAGAAUAAUGUCUAUGGAUCAGUGAAUGAGUUGGCUUCAGAUUUUAUACUAAUGUUCGAUAAUGCAUGCAAGUACAAUGAGCCAGACUCACAGAUAUAUAAAGACGCCUUGAUAUUGCAUCGCGUGUGCUUGCAGACCAAACAGAUGUUGAGAGGAUCAGGACGUGUCAAUAACAGGGAGGACGAUGACGCAGUGCCAGAUGUUCCGGCCGCAGUACAAGAGCUCCUGCUCAAUCUGUUCACAAGCGUCUACAAUCAUCAAGAUGAAGAGGGCAGAUGCUACUCAGACAGUAUGGCGGAAUUGCCAGAGCAUGACGAGGCAGCUAACGGUGAGAAGGUGCGCGCCAUCUCCCUGGACCUCGUGAAGCGGAGGCUGGACAAGGGCCUCUAUAAACGGCUCGACCACUUUCAACAGGACAUGUUUGCUGUCUUUGAAAGGGCCCGUCGUCUUUCACGGACGGACAGCCAGAUCUUUGAGGACUCGGUGGAACUUCAAUCAUAUUACAUAGACCAGCGCGACCAACUGUGUCGUGGCACACUACAGUCGCCCGCCCUGGCCUUCACUCGCGACACUAUGGCCACCAGCGUCGAACUUGUCAAGCAGUGCAAACUGCUGCAGGAGAACGAAGAUGAGGAUGAAACCAGAUCAAGUACGGACGACUCAAUGCCAUCAGGUGGUGCUCCGCUCCUAAUGACGGCGUACCGUAAAGGAGACUUUGUAUACGUACAGCCAGACAAGGGGAACAAGGAGCCCAGCAUAGUGCAGGUCGAGCGGGUCUGGACCAACAACGAGGGCGUGCCCUGCAUGUACUGCAUCGUGUAUUACAGACCUCACGAGACGUUCCACGUGCGCACGCGCAAGUUCCUGCAGCAGGAAGUGUUCAAGACGGAGGCACACCGCGUCGUACCGCUCGACCAGGUCGUCGGACACUGCUACGUCAUGAAUGUCAAGGAGUACUUCAAGUUUAGACCUGAAGGUUUCGCUGACAAAGACGUGUACGUAUGUGAGAGUCGGUACAACACCAAGUUGCGUUGGUUCAAGAAGAUCAAAGUGUGGGAGGGAGCUGAGAAGGAAGUCACACUUACACCAAGAGAAGUUCCAUUAGAGCCCAAUAGAACCGUCUCCGUGUUCCGUGAGCGUGUAGAGAAGCACAAGGACGAGCUGGCCGAGCUGGAGGUACUGGAGAAUGUACACGAGAAGGAGAGACCCGACGUAGUGAUGUACAAUCCGUUGGGCACGGACGACGAGAACACGUACUAUGAGCAGUACAAUACAGUUUGCUCCGGAGUUAUAAAGACCGGGGACUAUGUGUACGUCGUCACCGAUGGCGGGAAGCAGAUGAUCGCGCAAGUUGAUACUAUUUGGGAAACUGGAGACAACAAAUGCUACUUCCGAGGUCCAUUCCUGAUCUUCCCCUCUGAAGUGGCGAAUAUUAUAAACAAGCCUUUUUACAAGCAAGAAGUCUUGUUGACUACGAUGCACGAUACUAGUCCACUCGUGGGCAUCGUGGGGAAGUGCUCCGUACUUGAUUAUGAUGAUUAUCUUAAAUGUCGUCCGACAGAGAUAUCAGAGAGCGACGUGUACGUGUGCGAGUCAGUGUACGACGAGUCCAACCGCAUCGCGCGGAAACUUAAGUCCGGACUGCGCAAGUUUGAACAUACCAAGGAUGUUACUGUUGAUGAGAUUUACUUCUUCCCGAAGCCGCUGGGUCCCCCAGCGCUGGCCACUCCUCAGGAAGUACAGUCCACGUCCAGCGCAUUCACACAGAAACAGUUCAACCCUAACACCAACUCUAUGGACUCUAUCGACGUGAAGCCCCAGUUCACGAACCUGAUCAACACGACAAUUGGCAGUCAGGACGUGGAGAUGAUACUGGAGAAUUCACUCGAUGACUCCUCACUCGCGUCGCCCGCCACGCCACUCUCAAUAGGUGGUAACAGCAACCCCUACAACCCGUCAAUGACGGCGACACCAACACAGGAACGUUCGAACAGCACGGCCACCCCGGCCAGUAGCAAGAAGAAGAAGGACAAUAAACAGAAGAUAGUCACCGGUUACAUUCUCUACUCCAGCGAGGUCAGACGAGCCAUCGUUGCCAACAACCCCGAGUCUACUUUUGGAGAGAUCUCGAGGAUUGUGGGCAACGAGUGGAGGUCCCUGCCGGCGUCCACCAAGCAGAGCUGGGAGGAGCGGGCGGCGCGCUGCAACGAGGAGACCUCGGCACGGCUGGCCGAGGAGAUGCGGGAACUUGCGCAACACACUCCGAUGGAAACAACGUAUGAGUGUGCCUGGGACACGUGUGAUUACCAGUUUGAGGAUCUGGCGGACUGCAUGGAGCAUUGCAUCGGGGAUGGAGGUAACAUGAUCGGUACAUUUAUCGAAACCAAGAAACCCAAACUAGAACCGGGGCACGUCCAGCAACAUUACCGCGGUACUCUGACCGAGUACCCGUGUGUCUGGAGGAACUGCGCGCGCGUGCGCAAGGGGCAGGCGCCCUUCCCCAACCUGCCGCGGCUACUCAGGCACGUCAGGGACCUACAUGUUAAUAAAGGCAACGGCAGGCUCAUGGCUGUCCAUGAGAGGUCCAGAAACUUCGUGCCGUCCUCUAAGAAGCCAGCCAAGCAGUUUUCAACCAACGUACGCAGUGGUGUCAUGUCGCCAGGAGCGUCUCUAUCGGGCAUGUCUCCCCUGGCCCGCAACACUCCGUCCCCGGGUGCGGGCGAAGGCUCGGCCACGUUGACGGUGGCGCCCCCCGCAGUGGGUGCCCGGCCCCCGCUCGACCCACUGUUUGUUGCCGCGCCGCCUAGAGCGCAGAGACUUACACACUCUGAGGCUUAUAUCAGAUACAUUGAAGGUCUACACUCAGAACAAAAGUACAUAACGCCUUGGGAGAAAUCAUUGACACCGAUGCCAUUAAACCCAGACCCAGCGCAGUUCAACAUGCACAAGGUUCCAGCUCACUGGAUGACCGAGGAAGCCAUAAACGGGUACUUGGCACAAGAUAAAAGUCUAUCGGAGACUGAUAUACAGAAAAUGGAUCAAAACUCCAAAAUCCUAAAAGGCCUUUGCUCCCUAAGAGAUUUCAUGAUGAAAGAUGCUCUGUAUCUUUCCAAAGUCGUGUAUGGUAAUAAUACUUAA